AUGUCUAAAGUUGUAGACGAACUCAAAUUGUUCUUAACGAAUUUAUCAAGAGGAUCAGAUACAGUAGACGCAAAUGAUUUGUUAAAUUCAGGAAUUGCUGAUAAAUCAGUAAUUCUGAACAUAAAAGAAAAACUAGGAGAAAGCCCAUGGAAUAUACAAAAUUUAAUAGACUUAGGUAUAGAUAUAAUUCAAAAGGAUAAUGAAAAUGAACUAGAACUAAAACAUGAUAGUAGUGAUAACAUAAUAUCUGAAAUUGAAAAUGAAAUAGAAAGUGAUGUUGAAAGGGAUGUCGAAAGUGAUGUCGAAAGUGAUAUCGAAAGUGAUGACGAUUUUUAUAUUAAAAAUUUGAAGUUUGGAAAAUGUGAAAACAUUGAAGAAACAUUAAAAGUUAUGAUUCAUGAAAAUGUUAUUAAUUUACAUCCAAUUAUAAAAGAGUUUAUUUCAUUAUUAGUUUUUUUAUUUAGUUGCAUAAGAAGAAGUAGUAAAAAUAGUUUAGAAAAUACAAAUACAUUUUUUGAAAAAAUUACGAAUAAGGAAUUCAUUAAUGAUGAAAUAACAGAUAAAAAUUUAUUUAAAAAUGAAAAUAAAACAAAAAUAAAAUAUACUAAUAAAAAUUGUGAAAAUGUUGAUACAUUUCAUAAAAAUACAUGUUCAAAAAAUAAUGUUUUAAAUGAUGAUAUUUCUUAUAAUAUUUUAAUCGAAUCCUUUUAUGAGAAUUCAAUAAGUAAUAAGUAUGGUUGUGAUGUUAAGGAUAACUUAAAUUUUAAUGAAAAUUUGUAUUACAAAGAUGUUUAUUCAAUUUUCUUAAGUUUAAAUGAAAAAUAUAGAUAUGAAUAUAAUAUAGACGAUAUCGAACAAGCAUUCAGUGUUGAUAAUUUGAAUAAAGUAUGUGAAUCUCUUUAUAAAUAUUUACAUAAAAUUAGAAAAAUGAAAAAUGAUCAUUUAAUUAAAAAAGGGAUAAAUAUUGUAAUUGUACUUUUAUAUUUAACUUAUGUAUAUUUUGGAAUAUAUUUUUUGAAAACAAAAAAUUUAUAUAUAAAAUUAUAUUGUAUAGACAAAGAAUUCAAAGAUUAUAAAAUAAAAAGUGAAGCAAUAAAAAAUAAUCUAAAUAAGAAAAUUGAAGAACUUUUAAAUCAAUUAAAAAUUAGCGAAAAGUAUUCUGAAGAAUACGAAAAAUUUAAAGAGAAAUAUAAUGAGAUAAAAAAAGAAAAUGAAAAACUUAAAAAUACUAAUAUUAUCAUUCAAAAAUUAAAAAGAAAAAUUAAUUUAAUAGAAACAGAAAAACUAAUGAUUAUAAAAAAAAAAGAAGAAUUAGAAUUUAUAAUUAAACAAAAAAAUCUAUUAAUUGAGAGUAAUAAAAUAAAAAAGAAUGAAAAAGAAAUUAAAAAAUCAGAAGUAAAAAAAACAAAAUUAGUGUUAAAAAAUGAUUAUAAUACAUUAAAAAGAAUUAAAUCUAUUAGUGGAAAAAGUGAAAGUAACAAUAUUAAAAGUAUUUAUCUAUCAGAAGAAAAAAAUAAUACAGAAGUAGAACAAAACAUAAAAAAUAGAGAAGAUAAAUAUGAGCAUAUAAUAAAAAAAAAAUCUACGUGGACUACAGAUAAAAAUAUACAAACAGUAAAUCAAGAAAAAGAAAAAAUCAUAAAAGAAAAGGAAACUCAAACUAUAAAAGAAAUAAAAGACAAUAAAAUAAAUAGAGGAGUACAAACAUUAAAAAGUGAUGAUUUAAAAAAAACAAAUAGACAUAUUUUAAAGAAUCAAUUAUAUGAAGAUAAAAAAAAAAAAAAAAUAAUAAAUAAAUUAUAUGAAUAUAUUAAAGAAAAAGAAGAAAAGGAAGAAGAGGAAGAUGAGGAAGAUGAGAAGGAUGAGGAAGACCAAAAAGAGGAAGAUAAAGUUGAACAUGAAGAAUAUCAAGAAGAAGAUGAAGAAGAAGAAAAAAACAAAGAGAAAAAAGGAAAAGAAAAAAAUAACAAUAAUAAUAAAGAAGAUGAAAUUGAAGACAAAAUAAAAUAUAAAAGAGAAAAUGAAAUUAAAAAAAAAAUAGAGAAAAAAAAUGAAACAGAAUUAAAAGAACAUACUAUGACUAUAGAAGAAAAAAGAGAAAAUUUAUUUUUUGCAAAAGUUAAUAAAUCAAAGGAAAUCUGUAAAAAUAGCAAAAAUAAUUAUGUACACAAUAACAUAUAUACAUUAAAAAAUAUUAAGGAAUUCAUUAAUAAAUCGAUCUAUUCUUUAAAUAUCAAAAUAAAAGAAGAAGCAAAAAGUAAAUGUAUAUUAGAUUAUAAUAACUUUUUUUUAUUUUUAUCAAAUAAAAAUGACAUAAAAAAAAAAAAAGAAAAAUUCAUUAAAAGUAGUUAUAAGAAAUAUUACCUUUACUUUAAUACAAAGAAUUUCAAAUUGAAUGAUUACAUCAUUCAAAAUAUAGUUGAUAUGAAUAGAGAAAUACUAAUUGAUAGUAUUUAUAAUUAUUUAAUAAAUAAAUAUCAUAUUCUUAAUGAGUUACUUGAAAAAAAUUUUUUUUAUGAAUGCUUAUAUAUUUUUUCUAAUUUUUUGCAAAUUGAAGGAAUCAAUAAUGCAAACAAACUAGAAGAAAAUAAUUUGUAUAAUAUUAUUUCUUCUUGUUUCAAUUAUUUUGAUGAAUUAUCAGAAAUAAUAUAUAGUAUAAAAAGGGACAUAUAUUUAUCAGAAGAAUUAGUUAAUAAUUACUAUGUAGAUUUAAAUAAUUUAUUUAAUUCUUAUUUUUAUAGAAAGACAAAACUUGUUAAUAUAAAAAAUAAUGAUAGUUUUCUUUUAGACUUUUUUUACGAAAAUAUAACUUUGAGUGAAAUAAUAAAAGAAGAAAAUAGUUUAAAUGAAGAAUUAAAUACUUUUUCUAUCUUUACAAAUAAAGUGAAUUUUUCAAAUUUAAGUGAUAAUUUUAUUACAUUAGACUUUUUAAACAGAUUAAAUAAUGUUAAUGAAUUUGAUAAAUUAAAUAAGGAAAGAAAUAUUAAAAAAUACAAUGUUCUAAAUGAAAUAAUGCAUUAUAAUAAUUACAUUUUUUUUAAUAAGUAUAUUUUUUUUCAUGAUUAUUAUUGUAUUCUUGAUAAUUAUUUAUUCAAUGAAAAUGAAUCUGUUCUUUUGUAUAAUAAAAUAGACAAAUUAAUUGAAAAACAAAUUUAUAUGGAAAAUAAAAAUAAGGAACUACUGAAACAGAAAGGAAGUACUCAUAAAUUAUUGACUGAAAGUAAUAUAAAAUUUGUAGACAUUUUUAAUGAAGCAUAUAAACAAAAAAAAAAUAACAUAAUACUUAAAAAGAAAAGUUACUCAAAGAAAAAAAAACUUCAUAAAUAUGGUAAACAUAAAAGCAAAAUUAAUUUUUCUUAUUACACUGAAAAAAUUAAGAAUAAUUAUAACAAAAAUGGAAAUAAUAAUUAUUUUUUAGGUGAGAAUUUAAGUAGAGAUAAUCUUAGUAUAAAAUUUACCAAUUUUUAUAUAAAUUCAAAUAAUCAGAUAUUAUAUGUCAAUCUUUCUCAUUAUUAUAAUAUUUUUUAUCUACUAAAAAAUAAAAAUCCUAAUGUGGAAAACUACAAUAUCAAUUAUAAAAUAGAGAAAACACACAAAUGUAAAAGCAAUUUGUAUAAAAAAAAAAAAAGGAAAAAAAUUAUAUUAUCGGAUGACAGAGAAAAUGAAAAAGUAAGAUUUAAUAAAUUAAUUAAUAAUUUUUCAUACAAGAAAAGAGAUACUUUAAAAAACAAAAAUACUUUUUAUAGAAACAUAAAUUACAAACACUAUGCUAAUGUUGAUAUAAAUAAUUGUAAAAGAAAAAAUGUUCUAAAAAAAAAUUAUAGACAUAUUGCAUUAACAAAUAUAUUAAAAAAUAGGAAAAAAUUUAUAACUAAAAAAAAUAAAAUUACUAAAAAUAAAAACAGUAAUGAUACAAACAAGUUACAUAAUAAAAAAAAUAUAGUUAAAAAAUUUAAAAAAAAAUAUUUCUUCAUAAGAAAAAAAACUUUAAAAAUUAUUGAAAGAAAGGCAAGCAAACGAUUAGGAAAUAUAUGUGAAGAUUAUUUUCAUGAAUGUAAUAAUAAAGCAAAACAAAAUGAUGUAUUUCUUUUAAGUAAGUGUAAUUUAAAGGAAUAUAAGAAAAAAAGAAAAUUAAAAAAAAAAUUGAUAAAAUAUAUUAAUCAUAAUUAUAAAUUUAAUGGUGUCCUAAAUUUUAACAGAGAAUUAACACUUCAUAUAUGUGUUAAUUUAUUAAAAAAUACAAGUUAUCUAUUUAAAGAAAUUUUUCUAUCUAAUAUAAAAAAUUGUAGUUAUUUAUCAAGUGAUGAUAAUAUUAUAACUAUCAGAAAUUAUAAUCUUAAAAAAGAAAAUGUCUGUUCUGAAAUAAAUGAAUUUGUAAAUAAGAAAUAUAAUACAUAUAAUUUAAAAGAUCAUGAUUCUUUAUUAUAUUGUUGUAAAUUUUUACGUAUGUAUAAAACAUUCACUUCAUUAAAAAAAAGAAAUUAUGAAUGCUUAAAAUUUAACAAAUGUGCUGAUACUAUAAAUGCAUAUAAAUCUAAUGUGUUAUUAAAAAAACACAAAUUAAAAAAAAAAAAAAAAAAAGCUAUAAUUUUGGGAAAAUAUGAAAAGUGUGUAAAAAAUAAUAAAUAUUAUAACAAAAAAAAAAAAGAAAAAAAUACGAAAAUAUGUAGAAAAAGUAAUCAACAUAUAAAAGACAAAAAAUAUUUCGAUAAAAAUACUAACAUUACUUAUUCUUACCAUUUACUUUUAAUUAAGUCUAUAUAUAUUUUAUCUUUAUCUUUCUUUUUAGUUUUUUUAUUCUUGAUAGAUGAUUAUUUUUUUAAUAAUUUUAUAUUUUCUUGCUUUAUUUAUAUUUUAUGUUUUUUUUUACUUUUUAUUAUAUCUUUAUUUAAAAGUAUAAUAUAUACAAUUAAUAUUUUUUUAAAAAAGAAAAUCAUAUUACAAGAUUUGUUAGAUUUAUUUUCAAUUCAAUUUAUUGAGAUGUUUAAUAAUAUACAUUCUUAUGUAUAUCAUAAUAAUAUUCACAUAGAUUAUAUAUAA